AUGUUUACGGACCUCUUUCUAUAUGCCAUGAUCAUCCCCGUCAUGCCAAGUGCCUUGGUAUCCAGAGCUGGAGUACCCUUUGAAGAUAGGGAAUAUUGGAACAGCAUCCUCCUCGUUUCAGAAGCCAUUGCAGCCCUUGUAUGCAGUCCGCUAUUCAGAUACAUGCUCGACGUUUCAGGGACACGCCAGGGCCCAUACCUCUCUGGCCUCGUGCUAUUAUUUGCAUCUAUGGUGAUAUUCAUGGCCUCGCACUCUGUGGCGUGGUAUGUUAUCGCGCGAGUACUCCAGGGCGCAGCAACGGCGAUGGUAUCCGUAGCUGGUCUGGCAAUUGUGACGGAUACAGUUGAUAAAGCUAGUCUUGGACAGAUGAUCGGGUAUAUUGGUACUGCCAUGACACUGGGCCUCAUGUCCGGUCCCUUGCUUGGUGGAAUGGUGUACGAGGUUGGAGGGUUCUAUGCGGUGUUUGGUACAGCUGUUGGAAUAGCUGCUCUUGACUUCUUUCUUCGACUUGCUGUUGUCGAAAGGAGAGUAGCCGAGCGUUGGUUGUGUAUUGCUGACAAUGAACGGCCUACUGAGGAGAAUGGUUAUGUCUCCGAGCAGCCGCCGUAUGGGACUAUCACUAACCGAACACCUUCAUUUACGAUUAUUUCCAAGGGCACCUUCGCUUUGGGGAAACUUUUGCGACAGCCACGGAUUCUUAUUAGUCUCUGGGCUGUGGUCGUUGGGGCUCUUGUGGUAUCUGCCUUUGAUGCGACUCUGCCAAUUUUCGUCGAGGACACAUUUCAUUGGAACGUUCUAGGCGCCGGUAUGAUCUUCCUACCAGGCGCCGCAGCUGCAAUCUUUCAGCCUCUCUUCGGACUUUUAUCUGACCGUAUCGGAUCCCGCAUAAUCGCAUUCACAAGUUUUGCUGUUCUAGCACCAACAUUGGUCUGUCUUCGUUUCGUGGAAGACAACUCGGCACCACACAAAGCUUUACUCUGUGUUAUCUUAGUUCUAGUCGGAAUCUGCAUCGACUUAAGCGAGCCAGCUCUUAUAGUUGACAUGCAACGCGUUCUGGACGAUAUGGAAGCUGCAGAUCCCGAAAUAUUCGGCGAAAAAGGUGCUGUGGCUCAAGCUUUUCGUUUAGAGAAUAUGGCACACUUUGGAGGACUUGCUUUGGGUCCGAUGGCUGGAGGGAUGGUUGAAUACCGAUAUGGCUGGAAGGUCAUGACACUUGCGCUGGGAGUUCUGUCUGCAGCUACUGCUCUGCCUAUGCUUUUCCUCAGUGGUGCUGUUGUAGAGGAUACUUGGACUGAAUCUGCUGACGAUGACUUGGACCGGGAACCCUUGCUGGCGGAGUAA